AUGGGAAAGUUCGUGACGAAAGUUGGUUUGCAAAAAAGAGGAGUUAGAGUGGAUAGCGUUGUGUGCAGCAGAUACGGGUUUCAAGACGAGACAUCAGACCAUAUUUUUGCUUCUUGUCUUCUUGCUAGAGUAGUGUGGUGGCAUGUCUUCAAGUGGGUUCGAAUUCCGGUCCUGACGGAAUGCAACUCGGUUUCUCAUAUUACUGAUCACAUCUCAGGACAAAUAGGGGCAAAGACAUGGAAGAAAACUUUGCAGCUCGUCGCUUUUGCUACGUUUUGGAGGAUUUGGUUGGCACGCAAUGACAAAGAAUUCAACUGCAAGACGACUUCGGUUCCAAGGCUUGUGGAAUUGAUCAAGGAGGCCGCCUACGUAUGGGUUAAGAAUAGGAGGCAGUUAAAGGCAAUCAGCUGGCCCGACUGGCUAGACUUCAAUGUUGUUUCGUUUUUGUAA